AUGUCUUCUCCAAUUCGGGUCCCGACCGCCGCGGUCGAAAGCUCAGAUGCGAACGGAGACUUGACGAGUCGCAAAGACGCGCGCCUGAUGUUGGAGUCGACAGCGCGACAGAAGAACUCGCGCCUGCCGUCGACGCUUCGUUUUCCCCUGAUCGUCGUGCUCAGUCUAGCAUGGACGGCUGUCGGAUAUGGAAGCAUAGCACAAUGGACAAGCGACCAGCUCUUUUCCUUUUCGAAGUCGCUGUCGCGUACACAGGGCGUUUCGCUUUUGGCCUGGAGAGUGUUUGAACUGGCGAUAGGAUGGUUCGGCGACUACGAUAGCCACGACCUCGCCGCACUGAGCGUUCUAUCACAUGGUCCGACUCUCUACCUACUUUCCACUUUCUAUAGAAUGCAACCGUUGGCCGCAGCAACUUGCCUUUCGAUCGAUGUUCUAUCCAACGUCGUGCCAUUUGCGUUAUUACGACCCCUGUCUGCGGCGCAUCUGGCUGCGCCAAAUGUCCCUAACCGAAUUUUGCUGGUGGACAGGCCAAUUCAGGCUUAUACCGUCCUUAUGGUAUCAGCCGUCUACGCAUUGACGCUGUCUUUCGCGUACGGUCCGUUUUUGAGGAGCAUCCUACUACUAAAAUUUACGGGCAUUCCGUCGAUUGAGCCAUCCAAGACUCUCGAAGCUACUAUCUGGACGAUUGGUCUUUCGUUGGCCUUUGGGGUAGCUGCGCGUACGUUCAUAUUCUUACCAGCAGCCGCCACAGGACGUGUUGCGGAGGAUGAUAUGCUUGAAAAGUUUGACCCCGUCUCUGCGACGUUAGGCGAGACGUUACUUUUCAACGCUUGGGGAUUUACAGCGCAGACAAAGACCGUAAUACUCCGAACCUUGGUGGUUACGUUUAUCAGUGGCUGUCGAACUUUCCUGCAGUGUGGCUUAACGAUCGCAGGGGUUGAAUUCGCUGGAGCUGCCAUGUAUUCAUUGGUCUGGGCUGUGGCUUCACUCUUUGCUGGCCUGGGAUUGGGUCUUGUGGUGGAGUGACACAUUUCGAUUGCAAGUAGUUUAUUACGGGCUUGGGGCAUGGGCCUGUCUUUCAAAGGGCCCAUAGCCCAUGCUGAGUAAAUUGUCGAUGGUUUGAUAUCUCUUUUUUUGCUCGAUUAUUAUCUCCACC